AUGGGCGACUCCAUCACCGAGGGGUCGAUCGCCUCAGUUCUCAAGCAACCCGGCGAUUCCGUCGAGGUCGACGAGGUCAUCGCCCAGAUCGAGACCGACAAGGUCACCAUCGACGUAAGGGCGCCCGCCGCGGGGAUCGUCAAGGACGUCCUCGUCAAGGAGGGCGACAGCGUCAACGUCGGGCAGGCGGUGUGCACGCUCGAGGAGGGCGGAGCGGCGCCCGCGAAGAAGGGCGGCAAGAAGGCGGCGGCGAAGGAGGCUCCCGCCGCAGCGGCUGGACCCACCGCGGACAUCGAGGUGCCGCCCAUGGGCGACUCCAUCACCGAGGGAGCCAUCGCGGCGCUCGUCAAGAAGCCCGGCGAGGCUUGCGCCGCGGACGAGGUCAUCGCGCAGAUCGAAACGGAUAAGGUGACCAUCGACGUCCGCGCGCCGUCCGCGGGAAUCGUCGAGGGCUGGUCCGUGAACGAGGGCGACACCGUCACCGUCGGGCAGGCCAUCGCUCGAUUCACCCCGGGCGCCGCGGGCGCCGAGCCCGCCGCGCCCAAGGGUGCCGCCGCGCCCGCGGCCCCCAAGGCGGACGCCGCGGUGCUCCCCGCGGCCAAGUCGCUCAAACCAGCGACACCGGCUCCCGCCGCGCCGCCAGCUGUGUCGCCAGCCGCCUCUUCCGCCCCCGCGGUCGGGUCGCGAGGCGAGACCCGCGUGAAGAUGACGCGGCUUCGCAUGCGCGUCGCGGAGAGGCUCAAGUCCGCGCAGAACACCUACGCCAUGCUCACCACGUUCAACGAGAUCGACAUGUCCAACUUGAUGUCCAUGCGAACCCAGUACAAGGAUCAGUUCAUGGAGAAGCACGGCGUCAAGCUCGGGUUCAUGUCCGCGUUCAUCAAGGCGUCGGCCAGGGCGCUGAAGGCUGAGCCCGCGGUCAACGCCAUCAUCGACGGGGACGAGAUCGUCUACCGCGAUUACGUCGACGUCUCCGUCGCGGUCUCCGCGCCCAAGGGUCUCGUCGUGCCCGUCUUGCGUAACGUCGACGCCAUGACCUUUGCGGAUGUCGAACGGUCCAUCGCGACGUACGGUAAAAAGGCGAAGGACGGCACCCUCUCCAUCGACGAGAUGACCGGGGGAACGUUCACGAUCAGCAACGGCGGCGUGUUCGGAUCCCUCAACGGCACGCCGAUCAUCAACCCGCCGCAGUCCGCCAUCCUCGGCAUGCACAGCAUCGUGCAGCGGCCCGUGGUGAUCAACGGCGAGAUUGUCGCCAGGCCGAUGAUGAACGUGGCGCUCACGUACGACCACAGGCUCGUGGACGGGCGGGAGGCGGUGACGUUCCUGAAGAUGAUCAAGGAGGCGGUGGAGGACCCGCGGCGUUUGCUGCUGGACCUGUGA